AGUUCUUAAUGAGAAUAAGACAUCGACAUAUGUUUGCGGAGGCCUUUGAUUAUAAGACUUAUUUUUAAAAAGAAAAUGUUAGCUCUGAAAAUACAUAAUUUUAUUAACUUUAAGUGUUUGAUUGAAUUUUCGAUAUUUUAAAAGAAGAACUAUAGAGAUUUGCUUGUUUUACAUUUAUCAUUAAUCAUUAUUAUGCUUAAUUUGUCUGGAUGAGAGAUGAUAGUUAUAAACACACACUAUUGUCACAUAUGAAAGACGUUGGAUUACUAAUUUGAAAAUAAGCAAAAUAUGAUUUGAAUCACCAGAUCACCAUGACUGUGGAUUUCGUUGAUUAUUUCUGGGGCGAAAAAAAUAAUGGAUUUGAUGUUCUGUAUCAUAAUAUGAAGCAUGGUGUUGUCGCAAGUAAGGAGUUGGCUGACUUUUUUCGGGAGCGUUCAACUAUUGAAGACAACAAUUACAAACUGUUUAGCAAAUUGGCAAAACAAGUUAGCGGUAGCAAUUCUGUGCAAGGGACAUUUACACCAGUGUGGGUAUCUUUGAAGGCUGUUCUUGAAAAGCUAGCAGGAUUACAUUUCCAAAUGGCACAAAAAGUCAGCGAGCUCAUUAAAGAUGUAUCUAAAUAUUCUGAUGAACUCCAUAAAAAGCAUAAAACGGUGAAGGAAGAGGAAGCAUCAACCAUUGAAAUUGUUCAAAGCAUACAGAAUGUUACCGUUACAUUACAAAAGGCUAGAGACAUUUGUUUUCAACGCGGCUUUGAAUUAGAAAAGUUGAAGAAAGAUAAUGCAAGUCAACGUGAGCUAGAGAAAGCUGAAGUAAAGUUUAAGAAAGCUCAAGAUGACUAUAAAACUUUCGUUGAAAAAUAUAGCAUUAUUAGAAAUGACUUUGAAAGCAAAAUAAGUCAAGCUUGCAAACGAUUCCAAGUAAUAGAAGAAAUGCAUUUGAAACAGAUGAAGGAAUUUUUGGCAAUAUACAUGGACGUUUUACAAACAAAUCAUGAAGAAGUUGGUCGAGUACACGCAGAUUUUAAAAAUCAUUGCCUUGACUUAACAGUCGAAGAAUUGUUGCAGCAGUUUGUUCAAAGUAAAUGCACCGGUUUUGAAAAACCAGGAUUAAUAGAAUAUGAAGAAGUAAUGACAAGUUUAGCAGAGAUUGUGGGCCAAUCUUCGGAAGAUGUGAAAAAUCCGGAGCCAUUGAAAGAAAUAUCCAAAGGCACUAAUGCUGAAACAGGAGUUGCUGGUUUUCUUCGAAGCCGACGUGAAAAACGGAAGGAAAAGAAAGCGAAAAAGAAAAAAGAAUCUAUUGAUGUAACUAGUAACAAGGAUGAGAAGUCUGAUCUAGACGACAAAGAGGAAGGAAGAAAGUCUGAAACGCCUACACCUGAGGUAGACGAGGAUGGAUUUUGCAUAAAGCCUAAAGCUGAUUCCUGGGACAGUGAAAGAUGUUUUUAUUCGAGUUCUGAUUCAGACUCAGAUGAUGAAAGAGACAAGAAGAUAUUCCACGUGGAAAUAAAACCUUUAAGCAAUGGAAACACUCCUAUUAGUGCUAGUGUUGAUGAACUUCGAGCUACAGUGGAAAGUCUCUCGUUAAUGUCAGCAACCAUGGUUCGAAGAGAUUUACAUUCUGAUUCUGAUUAUCACAUGAAGAGGUCGCAAUCCGUCCUACAACAGUUAUCAGGCACACCGAGUUCAGACUUGCUUGGUUUAAAUUUGUCCAAUUUGUCCGGCAUACCGUCUAGUGCUUCAACUCCAAUUACCAGUCACCCGUAUGCACCUCUUCAAAGUCCUCCGCUUCUAACAUCGCCGUUAGUACCACAACUCGACUCUCAAGUAAUGACAUCAAAAUUUCAAGAUGGAGACUUAUUUUCGGAAGUUGGCAAUAUAGCUGCUGACUUGCCUCAAAAGCAAUCUUCCUCCUCUUCCUCUUCUACGCCGACUGGAACCAUAAAUAUUCCCAGACCACCUUCGCGCAGGGGCGAAAGUCAGUCCAACAGAGGAAGGAUUUCUCCAGCCACGAUUUCAAGAGCAGACAGCAUAGCGAGUUUAGAGUUUCGUGCUUCGGGGGUUGGAAUAGGCACCUCGAGAGGGCCUUCGCCCCUGACAAUCGGCCUGGCUGACACCAUUCCGUUGGCAGUGGCGUUUCACGAAAUAGUGCACUCCUACUUCAAAGGUCCGAAUGAAACUCUCUGUCAAGUAAAACUAAGCGGUGAUAUGAUGCUAUCGUUUCCUGCUGGAAUUUUAACCGUACUAACCAACAAUCCAAGUCCUGCAAAGCUGGUAUUUCGUAUAAAAAACAGUGACAGAUUGGAAAAAGUUUUACCUAAUUCUCAACUUAUAAAUAAGGAUGUAACACAAGCAAGUGUUGAAAGUAUGUUAUUUGAAUUUAACAUGAGUGCCUUAACUACGUUACUAAGAAAGCAAGCAGAACAAAAUCCAACAGCAUCAUACUUUAAUGUGGACAUUUUAAAAUAUCAAGUAAAAGCAAGAGAAGGAGCCACUUCUUGCCCAUUUCAUGUAGUUUCUUACUGGAAGUGUGAGCAAAAUCAUACAGAUCUUAAGAUUGACUACAAAUAUAAUAGUCGAGCGAUGGCAUCGCCUAGCCCUCUACUGAAUCUGCAAGUCGCAAUCCCAAUUGAAGGGGGUUUCAAAAGCUACCAAAGUAAGCCUACCGCUCAAUGGGUGUCAGGAACAAAUCGUCUGCUGUGGAAGUUUACGGAAUUGUCACAGUACAGCGAAGGAAAUGGCGUUGGAUCGUUGAAGGCGCGAGUGGACUUGGAGAACGGACCGGGGUCUCAAGGGACAAUACAUAUACAAUUUAAUUGCGAAGGCACUACUUUGUCGGGUGUAGAUUUCGAGCUUGUGGGGCCUGGGUAUAGACUCAGUUUGGUAAAGCGUAGAUUCGUCUCAGGCAAAUACAUAUGUGACGGAGAUAUUGAUCCUCGAGCACGCAUUUCAGAAGCAUCUCUUCGUCACGAAUAAAUACUCAAUUGGAACUCUAUUUAAUAUAAAUGCUUUAUCAGUGAUGCAGAAAAUUGUGACGCCUGGAAGUUUGAAAAACCAAAGAGACUGAUUUAAUACAAAUUAGAUUCGUUUAAAGCAUUAUGUCCAAUGACAUAAAGUAAUUAAAGAUUCACAUCCAGAAGCCUUAAGUCAAUACAAUUUGAAAUUCAAAUAUAUAAUAUAUAGUUGUCUGAUGAAAAUAACAAUGUGACAAUGUGUUUGUAGUUUCAAGGAAAAUAUAAUAGAAUACGAUAAUUGUUAUUAAGUGCCUGUAAUUUUAUUGAAAGAAAAUACAAGUUUUCAUUUAAUUA